UAAGAAUCAGUCAAACUAAAAUUUGCCAUUGUUGAAAUUCCCUUACGAAACAUGUCAUCUUUUCAUUCUUCUCUGUGCUUCUCUGUUCAGAAAUUACCAUCAGAGCAACAUAUGAGUCUUUUAUCAACAAAACCAAAAUCCAUUCUCCAAAAAAACCCACUCUAUCAACCAACUCACAAGAACAUUUCAUUGCAAUUCAAGGAGAAAAUCUUGUGCUUGGAAAUCAUGGGUGUUGAUUCAGGAAAAGCACUCUCUCAAAACCCUUGUCUCCACACAGCUUCUUUACACACUAUUCAUUCCAUCAUCACUUUCCUUCAGUCCAAAGGCCUUCACCAAAAGGACUUUGCAAGAAUCUUUGGCAUGUGCCCAAGAAUCUUGACAUCAGAUAUAAGAUGUGAACUCAAUCCAGUUUUCAACUUCCUCUCAAAAGACCUAAGAGUCCCUGAAAGUAACUUCAGAAGGGUCAUUAACAAAUGUCCAAGAUUACUAAUUUGCAGUGUCAAAGACCAGCUAAAACCAGCUUUGUUUUAUCUUCAAAGACUUGGGUUCAGAGAUUUGCAUCAUUUAGCUUAUCAGGAUCCAAUAUUACUGGUUUCCAGUGUAGAAAAUACGUUAAUACCCAAGCUGGAGUAUUUGGUAAGUCUAGGAUUUUCAAGAAAUGAAGCAGUGGAAAUGACUUUGAGGUGUCCAGGGCUCUUCACUUUCAGCAUUGACAACAAUUUCAAGCCUAAAUUUGAAUACUUUUCUCAAGAAAUGGGAGGUGAAUUGGAUGAAUUGAUGGAGUUUCCUCAGUAUUUUGCUUUUAGUUUGGAGAAGAGGAUAAAGCCAAGGCACAUUGAACUUGUACAGAGUGGAGUUUCAAUUCCAUUGUCUUUGAUGCUCAAGACUACUGAUGAAGAGUUCAAGGAGAUGAUAAGGCAACAAACUGGAUAAAUUAAUCUCAUCUCUCUGUAAAUCCUUAAUUUGCUAACAUAUUUCUUUAUAUUUUCUCAAACACCCUUGUUUAAUGUAAUGUAAAUUUGGCUAAUAAUUUUCAAUAGGGAAUGCAUAUGUGACUAGAGGAUCAUUUUCUGAUA